AUGAUUCCAGUUAAAUGCACUUUCUUUGGGUCAUUAAUAUAUAUGCAAUAAACCUUGUUAGUGAAUAUUUUUGGAGAAAUUAAGUACAGUUUUAUGUGCCAUAUUGCAGCAUUGCCAGCACAUGUUCAAUGCUAAAGCCUGCAUAUGUCAAUGGAUAAAUCUCAUCCACGACACAACAACACUGCAAUCUCAAACAAGCCAUCAGUGCUCAUGGGCUGAUUUACAACGUAUUUCUUCUGCGGUAAUGAUAAUGAUGGUAAUGUGACAACGUUGUCAACAGAGGGGUCGUCCAAGAAUAAUUUUAUUUUGAAAAAUGUCAACCGGAAGCCAUCGUUUUACCUUGACUACCAUGUCACUGGUGUGGUGAUCACUGCAGGCAAGAACACCACGCCGAAGGAGCUGUUUAAAACUACAGAAUGGAGGUAUCAAGGAGAAGGCUCUUCCAAAAACAUCUGGAGCCUGCAAGACCUCUUCGCCGCUGCAUCCCUUUUGCAAUUGAGCCCAAAAUACAUGUUGCUACAUGUGCACAGGCACUGACCGAAGAGACUCAAGAGACAACAAUUGGCAUAGAUGAGUUCUACAAGAUUGUCAACCUCCACAAACAAAAAAAAGGCAGAAUAUCUUACACAAGAGAUUUUUUAAUUGGUCUGGCAAAUUGUCCUGAGGCCCAGAAGAAACCAGAAUUCUUACCAAAUCACCCCAUCGUCCUAACGGCAGCAAGAGACCUUGGGCAUCUAAGGCUUCAUGAAACGAGAUGGAACGGAGAAAACGAAGACAUGGCAGCAGAACAGCUUCAUUCACCUUAAGAAAUUUGAACUGGAAUUCACUACCCUAAAGGUUUUUUUUGUUGUUGUGGUUUGUUUGCCGUUUGCUUUUUUUGGUUAAUUUAAUUACACUAAAUUUUGUUUAUUUAUGCAUGUGACUCAUAACAGUUUGAGGUGAUGUUGCAAGUCAUAAUACUUAACACCACUUAAUUUGCUUAAGUAGGAUUGUGUGUUUGCUUAUAUUUACAUUUUGAAAAGAAGAAUAGUUUUUAAAAAAAAUACACUAAAGGCGAUUUGUUAGAAACUGGUGUCGGGGGAUUGACAUGUAAUGCAUCACAGUAGAGUGUCACAUGUUGGCUUCUUUCAUAAAGGAAUGUUUGAUUCAA